AUGGGUGGAUGUAUUGGAAUAACAAGAACCAGAAGUGGUCCGAUAGAAGAAUCUUCAGGAACGGUAUCUCGACCUAACUCUGGUGGUUUAAGAAAGAAUCAAUCGUUGUGCCAUGAAACAAUCAGGUGGAAAUCGGAUGUGCCAUUGACAGAAGGUCAACUAAGGAGCAAACGCGAUGAAUUCUGGGACACUGCCCCGGCCUUUGAAGGUCGGAAAGAGAUAUGGGAUGCAUUACGUGCAGCUGCCGUCGCUGCAGAAGCCAUGGACUUUCAACUAGCACAGGCAAUCUUAGAUGGUGCCAGUGUUUCAGUCCCAAAUGGAUAUCUUACAGAGUGCUAUGACGAGUGGGGAACUAGAUAUCAGGUACCAAUAUACUGUCUGUCAGCCCCAAUUAAUAUGGUCAAAGAAGCAAGCGGUCGAGAUUCCCCUGCUGAUUGUUCUGAACCUGUGGAAGCAGGAUCUGAGAUGGCUCUUAGGUUACGGCUAUCGACUACCUGUAAAGACUUGGUCUUGUCUGUUGGCUCCAAGCACACCAUCGCGCACUGCAAGGCUAAAUUACAUGCGCAAGAAGCAGUCGAGGCAUGGCGUCAGCGUUGGUUCUAUGGUGGCAAGCUGCUUGGUGACCGUCUGCUGGUGGAGGAAGCAAAAAUCACAGCUGGUUAUGUCAUACAGGUUAUCGUCAGCACUGACCCACAUCCGCCUAGCUAG